UCUCCAAGGAUGGGCGACAUAAGGGCCGGCCUCGAGGAAUUAAAACUUGACGGGGCCCUAUUCGCCGAUGUUAAAUACUACGUCAGCGGCGAAGGUGAUCCCAAGGUAGUCAUUUUACUGCCACACUAUUUUUCACCUGAAGACACGCAGUUAUUUUCAAAUGUACGAGCAUGCAUCUCUCAGGUAAGCCGCACAGACAGUAAGAGUCUGUGGGCUAUGAUUACACUGCAAGGUGGUAAAUGUCAAUUACGUUUAGAUCGGUAUUGUACUCAUUUAAUUACUGGAAAAGCUGCUGGAUUAAAGUAUGAAACUGCAAUGAGGCAUCCUAUUCAAAUCAUAACACCAGAUUGGGUAACAGAAUGUUGUAGAAAAGGAACUAUUAUAAGUGAGGUAGAAUACCACCCAAGACUUUUAAUAUAUCCAAAUAGUUCUACAGCCAUGAUUACUGGUUUUAUGGAUGAAGAUACAGAAAAUAAUACUGCACAAGAAGAACAAGACAGAACCAAAGCUAUGUUGGAGCAACUUAAGCAGAGAAUGCCUUGGAAUCAGCCAAGUCCACCAGUGUCUUCUAAUGCAUCACAUAAUAUCAAUACUGCUAAUGCAACUGUGGCUGCAAUUCCUUAUACAGCAAAUGGGCAGAAUAAUGUUAAUGUUCAACAGCAGCAACCACAGCAUCUUCCACGACCAAUUGCUACCACAAGUUUAUCUAAUGCUUCCACAAUCGCGCCUUCUGUAUCAGAUCAAAAUGUUACUCAAACCAAUUGGUUACCACAAGGUUCACAACAAAAUAAUGUUGCUCCAAUAAAAUCGGUACCACCGCAAAUACAGCAACCAGAAUUAUCUCCCCAACAACAGCAACAACAAAUGAACAUGCAACAUUCGUUACUACAACAGCAGCAACAGUUAAAUCAACAACAACAGCAGCAACUGUCUCAACAACUCACCCAACAUCAACAAUUACAACAACAACAGUAUACACAACAACAGCUUUUGAGUCAGCAACAGUCUCCACAAUUAACACCUCAACAACAACUAAUAGGAACACCGCAACAACCGCUUACUCAGCCAGCGUUAAUACCGCAGCAACAACCACAGCAAAUAAAUUCACAGCUACCUCAGCAUCAGAUAUCUUCACCACAACAGUUACUAACACAACAACAAAAACAGCUGAACCAACAUCAAAUACUAUCUCAACAACAAAUGAAUCAGCAACAGCAACAUUUACCGCAACAACAGCAAAUUGCUCCCCAACAACAAUUGGUCCAGCAGCAGCAAGUGCAAUUAACACCCCAACAACAAAUAGUCCUGCAACAACAGCAGCAGCAAAUCCCUCCUCCUCAACCACAACCACAAAUUGGAACACAGCCGCAUCAAUUAAAUCCGCAACAAGCUCCACCGCAGCAACUCACGUCCGAGCAGCGGCAGCUUAUAUUAUUGCAGCAGCAGCAGCAGCAGCAGCAACAAAAAAUUCAACAAAUAUCUCAACAAUUACAACAAUCUGCGCCUCAAGGUUCGCAGCAAUUCGUUAUAAGAGACGGUCAAUUACAACAGCAACCUCAGAAUCAGCAGCUAAUGGGUCCCAAUCAACAAGGCUUUAUUGUACAAAGAGAUUCCCAAUGGCAGCAACAGCAAUAUCAUUUACAAUUACAAAGACAACAGCAACAGCAAAUUGGUGCUCCAAGACCAAGCGGCCAGUGGACUCAACAGCCACCGCAACCACCGAGGCAAUUAAUCCAAUUAGAUGCCCAAACGCAUCAGCAAUUACAACAAAUGGAUCCUCAACAAAGAGCCCAGUUCAUCCAGAAGAUCCAGAAGCAAAGAAAUCUGCUGUUACAGAGGCAAAUGCAGAAUCGUCAAGCUCAGCAGGGGGCACAUAUCGCAGUCAUAAGGAGUCCAGGGAAUCCAGUGCAACCUGGUGGUUUGCAAUGGGUUCAACAGCCGCGUCCUCAGAUGAUAGGACCCCAAAUUGCCCAAACACCUGGCCAGAAACCGGUUCACCCUGGGGUACAACCGCCAGCUCUAACACCUAUUAACUCUCCCAAUCAGGUGAUAGUGCAAACGGGACAAAGUGUUCAAGGUCCACAAACAGGUCAACCUAGCCAGGCGUUCCCACCGGGCCAACCUUUGACUCCUCAACAUAUAGCGCAAUUACACAUACAGAAACAGCAGCAAAUGGCUAGGUUGCAACAAUUACAGCACCUACAGCAGCAACAGCAGCAGCAGCAACAACAGCAACAACAACAACAACAACAGCAGCAGCAGCAACAGGGUACGCAACAGGAGCCUCCGCUGACCUCGUUGUCGAAUAACGCUCAAAUACCACCGGAUCAACAGUUGGUGGUGAAUGCAAAAACGAAAACUGCCCUAGCCAACAUGUUGACCAAUAGAUUGCAAGGUAGCGCUGCCGAGGGUAGUGCGGCUGGUCAAUUGAGACUAAUGACCGCCCAACAUAGACCACCGCCACCGCCGUCUCAGGAUCCGCAGCUUCUCGCUGCAUAUCAGCGGAGAACCGUUGGGAACAUCACGAAUGGAGCACCACCCGGUGCUCCCAUAAAGAUGCAAUACGCUCCAGUGAUGCCUCAAGCUAAAGCUCAGUUCUAUGGUCACAAUCCAAACCUGAAACUGCCGCCAGAUCUAUUUUUGCUAGGUUGUAUCUUUGUAAUUGUCGAGUACGACGUGCAACGUCCGAACGAUGUUUCCAUAUGGAAACAGGUGAUCGAGAGACACGGCGGAGAGGUGGAACCGCAAUAUUGCACCCGGGCCACCCACGUACUAGCGAUCACGCAGAAACAUCCGACGGUAGUGCAGGCGCUACGCGAAGGGAAACGUUGCGUCAGUGCCCACUGGCUGUCAGAUGUAGUCAGUAAACAGCAGGUGCUACCACCAUGGCACGCGCUACAUUUUCCAACGCCGUUCAGCUUGACAGAGCUUCCAUGCGCAAAACAAAUUGUAUCGUUGUCUGGAUUUGAAGGAGAGGAACGCGCGAAAGUGAAGUAUAUGCUGGAAGCAUUAGGAGCUAAAGUUACCAAUUACUUCACCAGGCACAACACCCUCCUCGUUUGCAGAAGACCGGACGGUCAAAAGUAUAAGAAGGCUCGAGAAUGGCAGACCGGAGUGGUAAAUGCUCAAUGGUUGACGGACUUAUUAUGCGGGCAAAUGAACGCGCUCCAUCAAACUGAAAAUCCGAAAUAUCAACAGUACAGCCUGAGCAAUCCCUUCAGAUUGGAUUAUUCGCUAGUGCCUCAUUUAAUGGCUGCGUGGAAGAUGCCAAUAAACAUUACUCAGGAGUCUUACGACAAAGUGAAACAGGUUGGUCAGGGUCCAAAUUCGAUAAGAAAGUAUAAGAAGCCGCGAUUAGACGGGCCGUUAUUGAAUAAAGAUCCACAUUUGUUGGGCUUGGACGAGCCGAUAGUCGUUAGUAAUCCCGACCCUCCGCCCCCAGAUAAACAACCGAGAAUAUUGUUCUCCGGUAUUAAUCCUAGGAAACAUGCAAAGAGAAUUCGGGAAUUAGGUGGUGCGUUGGCAGCAAGUUGGCGAGACGCGACUCAUCUCGUGAUGUCAGCACCGAUAAGAACUGUAAAAUUGUUAUGUUGCCUGUCGCGUUGUAAAUAUAUUGUCACCUUACAGUGGUUACUUGACUGUUCCGCAAGGAACACGUUUUUAGAUGAAAGUGGAUACGUGCUUGGUGAUCCAGAGUUCGAGAAGAAUUUUAACUGUAAUAUUGAAAAGGCUCUAGCAAGCCCUAAUCGGGGAACAGUACUUAAGGGUAAAAUAUUUUAUGUUACACCAAGUGUAAUACCGUCGCCGCCAGCGAUCGCAGAAAUAAUCGAAAGCGCGGGUGGAGCGAUGGAGAAAACACGAAGAUCUCUGGCGCAGAUCCAAGAAAUGAAUAGUAAUAAAUUAACUUAUAUCAUUGUCACUCAUGAAAACGAUCUUCAUCUUCUUUCCGACGUGUUACGUGCAAAUAUCAGUGUGUUCUGUGCAGAAAUCGUAUUAGGAGCAGUUGCACGACAAUACUUCCAAGCUGAACAAGUCUAAAAUACAGCGCAGU